AUGCUAGCGUGCGUACCAAACGCAAGUGCGUACCAAACGCAAGUGCGUACCAAACGCAAGUGCGUACCAAACGCAAGUGCGUACGAAACGCGCAAGUGCGUCCGAAACGCGCAAGUGCAUACGAAACGCGCAAGUGCGUACCAAAAACGCAAGUGCGACACCAAACGCAAGUGCGACACCAAACGCAAGUGCGACACCAAACGCAAGUGCGACACCAAACGCAAGUGCGACACCAAACGCAAGUGCGACACCAAACGCAAGUGCGACACAUACGCAAGUGCGACACAUACGCAAGUGCGACACAUACGCAAGUGCGACACAUACGCAAGUGCGUCCCAUACGCAAGUGCGUCCCAUACGCAAGUGCGUCCCAUACGCAAGUGCGUCCCAUACGCAAGUGCGCCCCAUACGCAAGUGCGUCCCAUACGCAGGUGCGUCUCGCCGCAGGCCCCAGCGGUCCGUCGACGACGGACUCGACCACGUUGCGCGCGACCCCAACCAUACAGCGGGACCGCCCGCAACUACAGCCAACCCUCAACACUACAUUAGACACAUCGACCACUUUGACCCCAGACUCGACCCACCGACGAGCCAGGCAACGUACCACGUGACAGACCGCUCACGGGUCCCCGGGGACCCCUCCGCCUAUGAGAGACAACCCCCGGCCGGACCCGCCGCAGCACACCGGCACGACUUGACCCCGGGACAACGGUACUACCCGGACUAUAGAGGACGCGACGCCCGUUACGCGCCCCCGAUGGGUCGAGACCCGCUCGGACCAUCCGACCGCGACUUCGACCGCAUAGCUAGACACAUAACCCGCUUUGACCCCCGGCCCGGCAUGCCUACAAACACCCGAUCAUACCUCCGCGUCGUCGACUUCCACGCCGACCGCAUACCACACGCGUCUCAAGAUGACAAAAUAUACUUGAUUAGACUCACGUCCAACGGAGAGGUGAAUGACUUCAUCGAAAGGCAACCAAGGGCUAUAAAACAUGACUACAACGAGCUCUGCAAAGCCAUCCUAGCAGAAUACUCAGACUACGGCGCCUCCGGGACCCUCACGGCAGCCAUGGCAGUCAAAGUCAUACGUAAAAUGGCCCUAAUGCGACUGACCGUGGGCCCCAUGACACUGGUCCACCCGGUCUACAUCUCCCCAUUCAACACGCAUCCGCUCCUAUUGGGCCAGGACCUUCUAAAUCGAUUUAAGCCCCUAAUAGACUACCAACAUCUAAAGAUCUGGACACAGGUCCGGGAGCCCUUGCCCAUUCCGCGCCCGUUGGGCGAAAACCACCGCUACUCCGUAAACGCGCCGCCCGCGAACGGCCCACAACCCGCCGCAGCACAAACCGAUCAGGGGACGCCCACAACCUGCGCGAACGCCACGCGCACGGCCCCCGACCUCGACAGCCCCGCCUCUAAACACGCGGGGGUGGGAGCAGGGUACACACGGGUACGGGCGAGAGUGACGUCAGCCUUUCAGGGUAGCAACAGUUGCCUCGAGACCCGGGGCCGCGCCAUAGUGACUGUAGCCGUGGAGACAGUUCCUUACCAACGCAGUGCAACACCACUCAGCAGCAGCAGCAGCAGCAGCAGCAGCAGCAGCAGCAGCAGCAUCUGGAAGUCAGCGAAAAUAAGGGCAGAUCUGCGCACAACUUUUACCAACACUGAGGGCUGA